AAACUCUGAGACUCUACCCUCCCUCCACCUUCGGUGAACGCCAGUGUACCAGAACCUACAAACUACCUGGCACUGAAGUAACUCUGCAUCCCGGUGACCUGGUGACUGUCCCGUUCUGGAGUCUGCACCACGACCCUCGCUACUGGCCAGAACCCGAGGAGUUUCAGCCAGACCGCUUCCUGCCGGAAAACAAACCCAACAUCACCAGCUUCACUCACAUGCCCUUUGGAAUGGGACCUAGGAACUGCAUAGCUAUGCGUUUUGCACUGAUGGAGGCCAAGGUGGCUCUUGCUAAGCUUCUGAUAGCAGCAGAAAUGCAUCUUGACAAGAACCACACGGAGCUGAAGAUGGAUAAUUCUCUGUUAUUUAUGAGACCAGAUGAAGGCGUCAAUCUUGUAAUAACGCCAAUCCCCAGUAACACACAUGGCUAAAAUUAACCCACAACAAUGUGAAUCCUAUCAUCAACGGACGACGAUAAAUGUUCCAGUUGCUAAUUUACAUUGAUUUAUUGUUUUCUAAACUGUUAAAGAGCUUAAAUAAAUUGUAUGGAAUAUU